AUGGCUGCCGCAGCAAGCAAAAAGAGCAAAAAAGCGAAAUGGAUCAAAGCCAGUAUUACCGACAUUAUUGCAGAACCAACCACAAUUCCUACGGCCAACACCUGGGCCGAUUCCGUAGAAGAAGAACCUGAAACAUUUGGCUAUGCGUCAAGAUCGCGCGCCGUGGUUACCUUGCCGUCCGCGUCGCGGGCUGCAUGCGGUGACUUGCAGUGGACGAUGAGUCCAUCCCUCGGAGACCUCCUUACACAGCACACAUUUCUAACCUACCAUAUGAUGUUGAUGAAAGUGCUAUUUUUGAAUUAUUUACAGGGGCUCAAGGGAGCCGCCUCAAAGGGUUUGGUUGUGUUGACUUCGAAGAGAGGAGAAGGCCUCAUCAAUGCCAUGAACAUGCCUGAUCUUACAAUAAAUGGUAGGCGGAUAAGAAUAGAAGUAUCUACUCAGGAUAACGACCGCCGCAUGGGAAGGGGAACCGUUUUUGAUCGAGAGAG